GUGAACUGAAUUGUAAGAAGUUGGUUUCCAGGGGAACUAUUCUUACUGUUCCAGCUGAGUUGGGCGAAACCAUUUCGGUCUGAGAAAGGGGGGAACCCAGACAGAUCAAAAGCGCGGAUUCUAGCUGGACUGUGUUAAAAACUAAACGCACAGAACUGACAAUACGUAGCACGAAGAACAGGAUGAAGGAUUCGAUUCUGCGCUUUUGUGUCCUAAAUGAAACUCUGACUCGGUUUUGUGUGUGCUCCUCCCACCCCCGGAGCAGCGCGGUGCAGGCGGCCCUGCCAAGUCAGUUUGAAAAGAUCAGACAAAGGCAGCAGGAAGCCCCUCGGCUUGGCAAUGCGUGCGAGCGGAGCGCAAACGCGACGCGGUUUAUUUUUCGGGGCUAGCGGUGUGAGCCGACGCUCUUCCAGCUCGUAAUUCUUCACCCGCUUACGGGAGGCAGUUUUGGAAAUCUUUUCUUCUUCUUCUUUUUACCGGGGGAAAAUGUACGACCGCCUGGAUCCUCGCGAAGAGCGGAGACAGUUAUCUCAACACAAAAUGGGCAGCGUCGUGUGACCGAGCGCGAGCGUUUCCCCUCCGUUUUACUGUGUUGGAAAGCAGCUUCUCUCUCUCUCUCUCUCUCUCUCUCUCUCUCGCCUUUCCUCCGCGUGUCCCAGGAGUUGAUCCAUUUACACACUUAAAUGUAAAAGAAAAAAAGGGAGAAAAGAAAAGAAAAGAGAAACGAUUUGGAGGAUCCUUUAUUAAUUUUUUCCCCCUCCUUAAGCAAAGGGGGAAGUGAACUUGUGGGUCGCGUGCACGUUUUUUUUAAGAUGGAGACGCACGUCUCGUGCCUCUUCCCAGAGAUUUUAGCCAUGAUUUUCAGUUACUUGGACGUGAGGGACAAAGGCCGGGUGGCCCAAGUGUGCACAGCGUGGAGAGACGCGUCCUACCACAAGUCGGUGUGGAGGGGGGUGGAAGCCAAGCUGCAUCUCAGGAGGGCCAACCCGUCCCUGUUCCCCAGCCUUCAGGCCAGGGGUAUCCGGAGGGUGCAGAUCCUCAGCCUGAGGCGCAGCCUGAGCUAUGUGAUCCAGGGCAUGCCCAACAUCGAGAGCCUGAACCUGAGCGGCUGCUACAACCUGACUGACAACGGCCUGGGGCACGCUUUCGUCCAGGAGAUCUCCUCAUUGCGUGUUCUCAACCUCAGCCUGUGCAAGCAGAUUACAGACUCCAGCUUGGGCCGGAUAGCUCAGUACCUGAAGAACUUGGAGGUGCUGGAGCUGGGCGGCUGCAGCAAUAUCACAAAUACGGGAUUGCUCCUGAUCGCGUGGGGCUUACACCGGCUCAAGAGCCUCAACCUGAGAAGCUGCAGGCACGUCUCCGACGUGGGCAUCGGCCACCUAGCCGGCAUGACCAGAAGCGCCGCUGAGGGCUGCCUCAGCCUGGAGUACCUCACGCUUCAGGACUGCCAGAAGCUCACAGACCUGUCUCUCAAGCACAUCUCCAAAGGCCUGACGAGACUCAAAGUUCUCAACCUGAGCUUCUGCGGAGGCAUCUCGGACGCCGGCAUGAUCCACUUGUCCCACAUGACCAGCCUGUGGAGUCUUAACCUGCGCUCGUGUGACAACAUCAGCGACACGGGCAUCAUGCAUCUCGCCAUGGGGACGCUAAGACUUUCUGGCUUGGACGUGUCUUUCUGCGACAAGAUCGGCGACCAGAGCCUGGCGUACGUAGCCCAGGGCCUGUACCAGCUCAAGUCCCUGUCGCUGUGCUCGUGCCACAUAAGCGACGAUGGGAUCAACCGGAUGGUGCGCCAGAUGCACGAGUUGAGGACCCUGAACAUUGGCCAGUGUGUGCGGAUUACAGACAAAGGCCUGGAGCUCAUAGCGGACCAUCUGACCCAGCUGACCGGCAUUGAUUUGUAUGGAUGUACAAAAAUUACUAAGAGGGGACUGGAAAGGAUAACACAGCUCCCCUGCCUUAAAGUUUUGAACCUGGGCCUUUGGCAGAUGACUGAAAGUGAAAAAGUGCGGUAAAACUUGGGUGAGAUUGUGCCGGGCAGGGGGAGGGGCGUGAC